GUUUCGGCCGCAAGUCACAUACACAGGAUUGAUUGACCAGUGGUUGAGGAGAGAGUGGUGGUCUUUUGUGGCCGAGGGCCGUGGCCGCGAGUUAUGAGCCAGCGAUUAAUAAUCAUUAUGUGAGAGAGCAUUAUUUGGCACAUGGAUGAAAAAUAGUGUCCCAUGAAGGUGUUCAGCAGCGAUGCCAAAUGUGAUUAUGUGCGAUGGUGACACGAAUUCAGUGGAAAUUGUGAAAGGCUAGAAUGCCCGGUAGUUGGUUCAUAAACAGAGCAAAUUAUCUGAAUGGAAUUAUAGUGCAUCCCCACAUGAGCGUGCAGUGAAGUUUACACGUGGAUUUCAAGCGUGAAUAUAGUGGCCAGAAUCACAUACAAAAAGCCCUCCCCAGAACCAUCAGCAGAAUGCCAAAAUUAGUAGUGCAGAAAUUUUGGAUAACUCUUUGUGGAUUUAUGUUAAUUUUGAUGAAUCACAGAACAAGCGGACAAUCCGAAUUUGAGGUUCAAUUAACAGUUAGAAAAUACGUGGAAAAGGGCUCCAGUGUCACUCUCCACUGUGAGCACAAUGUGAAACCCGAGAUUUUGUACAAGGUCACGUGGCUGAAAGGUGGCAAUAAAAUAUUCGAAUACAUUAAUGGACGCAAUCCACCUUUCCGAAACUUCACCGUUCAAGGAGCACUUAUCGACUGGGCGUCAUCGGAUGAGCGUCAGGUGACUUUGAAGAAUGUGGAUUUCGAUGCGGGUGGCUUGUACUACUGCGAAGUGUCCACCGACACGCCGAUAUUCACAAAAGCGUCACAGGACGAGCAGGUGCACGUAAUUCUUCCACAAAAUGGACCACCUCGGAUCUCAUUCAGCAAGAGGCAAUUUUUCAUCGGUGAAAAUCUAGUGGCCAAUUGCACAACAUCCAAAGCCAGGCCUGCACCACACAUCACGUGGCUUAUCAAUGGGAAAAAGGUCGACGAUAAACACAUAAGAACGCUCUUUCCCUAUGCAUCGAGUGGCAGCGGUGGAAAAAGUGCUCAUCGAUCAAAAGUUCAGCAACACCCCAACAAUCCAUCGUACGACAGAGUGGACUUAGCAACUGACACAUUCCCCAAAUCACCGACCCAAGCGAAAGAUCGCCACGAGGCGUCGUCGCACAUUCCGCGGCCGCAAUCUUUCGACACGUUCCACGCAUCGAGUCGCUCCUUCGGCUUCGGCGGCAGCUUCGAGGCCGUCCCCGCCAAGGACAUCCACUCAGAUUUCUACGACAAUAAAUACCACGACGCGAGAAAGCAUCGAAAUGGCCGAAAGUACCGGCGGUCGUUUGGGGAGGGCGUAACCGUGAGGAAUCCCCACAGGCCCAUCUUCGCCGCCAGUCAGUUGAGCGUGGAGGUGUCGCAGUUGCACGCCGGCAGCAAUGGACGCCUCGAGAUCACCUGCCUGGCCACAAUUCCCGCUCACGUCGGUCCAGGCGAGCAGUUUGCCGACUACAAGACUUUUUCACUCAAGAUUGACAUUGAGCAGCCCGAAGUAACGUCUCCCGUUCCUCAGCCGGCACCACUUGGAAACAUGUCGACUAAUAGUGCAGCGCUUUUCACAAUUAACACCCUUGUUGUUGGAGUACCAAUUGCUUUUGUCAUAAUUCAACAGAAAUGCCAACGACUAUAAAAUCAACAGCCUUCAUUUUGCCACACACACACAAAAAGCUACCCUAUAAUUAUUUUGCGUUGUCUUCGAAAAAAGUGCUCCUCUGACUUCCUCUCUAGAGCGUCCCAGGAAUUUUCCCACCCUGGCAAAUUGCGCAUUUUGCAUUCUUCCGCGUCAGAUUCGCGCCCAUGAGCGACAAAAGGAGCCGCUGUUAGGACAAAAUUUGGUGUAUAAUUGUUAUUUUUCUGCGUGAAACCGUCAGAGAUCCACUCACGCGAUAUAGAUUUUAAUUAAUCCUGUAAAUCUCCUUGUUUUCGCUUGAAUUCUAAAAAGAGACGAGAAGAGAGGAUAUUUAUGCGUAGAAUGGAUGGACAAAAUUAGGCGUAUAUUAUGAUGAUGAGACAAAAUGUGAGACAUAUAUUUUAGGAGAGAAGAAAAGUGUGGAUAUAAAUUAAUUGUAAAUUAAGCGUUUAAGGGAAUUUUGUACCGAUUUUACAUGUAUAAGAAGCGUUUAUGUUAUUGCUUUUCUCAUUUUAUGCGGACUUUUUCUUGUGUUUUAAAAGAAGAAGAAGGAAAAAGAAAAAAAACAAUUAUUAAAUUAACAAAUGUCGCGUGUGUAUAUUUCUAGAGUGCGACGGACAUUAGUGAAAUGUUGUUAUGAUUGAAUAUAUAAUGUAAAAGUGAUGAAAAUUUUCGCCAAAAUGAAAUUUAGAGAAAAAAAAUGGAUAAUCUUUAUGUUCCAAGCGAAGAUGACGCCUGAAUGACGAUUUCAGAUGUUAUCUGGGUGAGAAAGAGAGCUUUCUCAAUAUGAACAAAUAUCGUGCAUGAGACAGUUUGCAAAGCUUUGAAUGAGAGGGAAUUGAAAGUGUACAAUUGAGGGAUUUAUUUAGUCAUCACGAGUGGGGAAAAUGAAGGAUAACUGGAGAGGAGUCUAAAAUCAAUAGAGCGAAGAGUAAAUGUUACAUUAGUGAAAUGACGAGAAAGGGUUUGCAUCCAUUUCCUGGCCAAAAGACAUCUCUUUGAGUGUCGCACUGGAAAAUUAUUUCCUACACUCUGAGCAUAUUUAAUUUGGGAAAUUACUUUCUCCACCCCUCAUUCCGGGGAUAGGGGAGAAAAUGGGGAUGGUGCGGUUGAACCAAUAAACUCCACAUUGAGGCAUUAAAAACACUCGACAAAUACCAUAAAUGCUCUGUACUCUGCUUUCUCCGGGUGUAACCUGGGGGAUGAAAAAUAUCCUUUAAUGAGAAAGUUAAACAUUCGCCCACUUUUUAGGUAAAUGUUUUUUCAAUGGCCCUCAGGCAAUUUCAAUUUAUACCCCCUGGAGACCACCCACACUCUAUCAGCGCCACUCAGUGCCCAACCCCUUGUCGCUAAUGUGAUUUUUCCGCUGAUGGAGGACUCAUGGAAAAAAAAAUCUAACGCAAACCCAUCCUCUUCAGCGCCUUAAUUGAGUUGUGAGGCGAAAGUUGAUGAAAUUAUUGUGCUGCCCAACUCGACGGGAUUGUAAACUGCACGGCGUAAUUAAUUGAGCGAUGGGCCAUCGGUCAUUGGGGACCUUUGUUGACAACUCAAUUUUUCACAGAUAAAUUUGUUGGCCAUUUUACACGUUACAUUGUCACUUUUCCCAUUUUGCCAAUGAACACAGAGUGAACAUGCUGAAAUUUUACAUUAAUGGACAGCUCCAUUAGCUGUCAUUGUACUUAAUUUUAGCCUGAUCCUCGAUUUUAAUAUAUUUUCGAAACUCCAUCUGCGAAUCUUAUCAAAUUCGCAGAUAGCAAAUGACAGAAUCGAUUUUGUGUGUUUGUGAUAAAAUUACAAGAGAGUGCACUUUUUAAUUCACCCGCAAGUUAUAUUUAUUUCACUAUUCACAUGUCAAUUUAAAAUAUAUUAUAUUGGACAAAUCGACCAUCCCAUUUUCCCCUUUGAAUGCUGGAAAUUAAAUAAAUUCCCAUUUCCCUGGACGAAAUGAAAAUCCAUUAAUACGAAAAACCUUGUUAACCCAUAGGAAAUUAUAGAUGAAAAGUAAUAGAUCAAUUCAUUGUAAAUGAGCUAAAAUGACUAUUGAAACAAGCUUUAAAUGUUUUUUGGGAGUAUUAAAAAAAAAGAGAACAGAUCGUUUGUGUGCGGAGAAACAUUAAAUAACAAAAAAAAUGAGAAAAAUAAAUGAGAAUUACGUACUGAUAGUUGUGUGUAUAAAAGUAACACUAUAUAGAAGAAUGUGGGAACAUUUUCGUGAUGAGAUUCACUGGAGAAUUUUCCUCACACCAUAUAUAUUAUUAGGUAAAAUGAAUUUUCUUAUUGACCGAUUACAAAAGGGGUGGAAAUGAAGAACAAGAAAACACAUAGUUGAGACCACAUAGAGAAGAAAAACUCUUUCCGUCUCUCAUUCCAAAGCAUUUCUAUAAUAAGCAAAAAAGUUCUCACAGUUUGUAAAUAGUGAUAGAAAUGAUGCUGAAAACUGAGAGAGAGAGAGAGGAAAGAAAGAGGUUUUCAUGGUGAAAUGAAAACAUUUAUGAGCCAAUGAGGAGAAACGAUGGAGAGAAUUCCAUGAAAAAUUAAAUAGUAACAAUUUAAAGACACUGUAUUGUUCACACACACUAAAAAAUUGACAUCCCUUGGCGAAUUUCACUUGAUGCGGAGGUUUUCACGGCAACAUGGUCUGUGAGCAGGGCGGAAAUUUGAGCAUGAAAAUAACAAGGCAGGUGCAAGACUUUCCAAGUGAACACAAGAGCCCCAGAAAAGCUCCUUACAAGUGGUCUCUCGCUAAAGAAACAUGUCUUAUGCAGGUAUUGACGUCUUCCUAUGCUACGCUGUCUAUUAUUAUAUUACAGAGAAGGUGAGAUAGUAUGAAAAGAUACCGUAAAUAGAGUAAAUUUAACGUUAUUUAAUACUAAAAAAAACAAGCAUAUGUAAAACAGAAAAUUUGAGAAACAUCUAAUAAGCUUCUUAACGAUAGAAAAGCUGUAACUUAAAGAAAGUCUUACGAGAUGAUUUUUUCCUUAUCUCGAACACACUGACAAAUCUAUAAGAAUAACAUUAAAAUGACGUGGAAACAAAGAAUAUUUCAUAGAGAUGAUAACUUCAAGUUUUUGAUUUAAAGAAGAAAAAAAAAACACACUUUGAAGGAAAAGAAAAUAGUCUUAUUGUAGGAGAAAUAUAUAUUUCUAGAGUUCUCAAUUCAUAUAAACAAAGAGUUUGAAAAAAAAGAAGUUUUUUAAAUAGUGGACAUUUUAAUGGAAAAUGAAAAAAUUGUAAAAUUUAUUACCGAUUUCUAUGCUUGACAAUCUUUGAAAUUUGUACAGAUGAGAAAAGAAAAAUAUUACAAAUGCUUUGUAAUCCUUAAUUUUUCACUCCUCAUUCUUUCUUAACCAGUUAGAUAAACAUACAUUUUUCCUUGUGUGAAAAACACCUCCCAAGCCCCGAAGCUGGCGGAGAGUUGUGCGGAAAAGUCAUAGAGAGAAAAGAAGUUGACAUAUUUUUUCACUUGGAGAGAUAUUUUUAUAAAGUCGGACAUUUUUUAUAGUCGAGGUUUCUCUCCCAAUUCAUCCUUCUGAGAUUUUCGUUAGAAAAAAAUAAAACUAAAUAUCCUUGUUGUUUCACUGACCAAGAUGAAAAAUACCACUGAAGAAAAGACAGCUCCAAUCAAAAACUUGAAGGCUAAAAAGACACCCAACUUUCCCUAUAAGUAGCUGAGAAAAAAAGUAUUUUCCAACAACACACAUAAUAUAAAAUACACCAUAACAAAGCAUAAAUAAGCAUAACCAAGUAAAGUAACGAGAAUAUUAAAUAAAAUUCAAUGAGCGUUUUUUGGUGUGGUUGUAAAUAAGAAGUGGCAGAGAGUGUGUUGAGAAUUGUAUUGAGAAUUGGCAAUUCUCCUGCGCAUUUCUGAUCAAAUGAAGGGACUUUACAAUAUACAGACUUUGUACAUGCAAAAUUAUGCCUUAUUUCCCAAAUUUUGUACACAAUUAAACACAAGCCCAGUUUAACAUUUAGAGCGACUACUAAAGGAAUAUGAAAUGAUCCUUAUUGGAAAACAAUAUGCUUCUUUAACUUCAUAUUGUGAAAUGAGUGUUGAAAAAUCAAAUGCAUCAAGAAAUAAUACUUGUGAACAUGUUUAUGCGAUUACAUUCUCAACAUUUGAGGCAUUCCUUCUCAGGCUGGAGUGUAAAAUUACAGCAAAACAAGGAGCAUUCCGAAAGGCAGAGAGAAAACCUCCCAUUGAUAUAUUUAUCCGUGUUUAAUGUGGCAAUACACAAAACAUAUCAUGAAUGUUGUAAAAGUGUAUGGAGAGAGAAUUAUUUUUUGUACAUAUUGAAGAGAAAGAGAAACCAUGAUGAGAAGGCCAUUGAGAAGCAUAUGAGGGCAAAAUUGAGUAAUAUAAAUAUAUUUUAGGAGAAGGAAAAAAAAACAAACAACUCUAGACAAGUUCUUUUCGUCAAAUUUUCGCAAGAGAAACUGCUGUUCGACAUUACAUAUAAACAUGUGUGUGAAGAUGAGUUCUUAGGACGGUGGAAGGAUGUUGAGAGGAUCCACAUUCAAUUCGCUGAGUUGAGAUGAUGAGAGAGAAAUAUUUAAAAAGAAAAAUUAAUGAAGAAAUGAUGAUAAAAAACACUAAAAUAUAAAGUGAAGUAUUGAGUAUUAUGCAGAAAUAUUUCCCCGCAUGAAUAUUAAUCAACCCAGUUUUGUAGAUAGGAGAUAAUGAGAAAAUUCACAGGAUUCUUUGUUAGCCCCUUUUGAGCAUUCCAAUACCCUUAUAGUUGCCGUUAAAGAAAAUUUUUAUGUCCUCCUCUGUUGAAGAACUCUUAAGAUGGCAAAAUGCAAAACUGGAGAAACGUUAAAAGUUAUUUUUCUUUGUCAAUCUAUAUAGUGUUUAAGAUUUAAUUGUAAAACUAAAAAAAAUGAAAGUGAGAACAACUUAUGUAUAGGUGAAAUAAAAUGAAAUGAUACUAAAAAAGUGACAUUAAAAAAGUCUUUAUUUUUUAAAGAGAUACAUUUAAUUACCCUGAAAACUGUAGUGUGAAUUAAGAUGGUUGGAGAAAUACGAGGCAUUAGAGUGCUGAAGAAGAUGUUCUUUCAUUUUGUAAAAAAGAAGAAGAAGAAAUCAUGAUAAUGAAAUUCAAUUUUAAAGAAGAUGUAAAAAUUAUAUGAAGAAAACAUUAUGAGAAAACUGCGAAAUUAUGAGACAAAGAAUGAAAUAAAUGUUAAUAUAAUAUAGCCCAGUAAAGUUAUCAUCACUAUUU